AUGGAUUCCAAGCGGCUUAAAUUUUUAAGGUUUAAAAGAUUUAAAAAUCGAAAAAGCAUCCUUCCCGUGAGUGAUCAGCAAGAGUCAGCUCCUAGGAGGACGUAUAUUGAUCCAGAGGGUCAAUUUCUACAAACUUGGAAUAAAAUAUUUAUGCUCUCUUGUGUGAUAUCUAUGGCCCUGGAUCCAUUGUUCUUUUACAUCCCAGUGAUCCAUGACAAGCAUAAAUGCCUUGAUUCCGACUUCAAACUGGUGAUAAUUGCUUGUGUUCUUCGUUCACUCUUUGAUGCUUUCUAUGUACUUCAUAUUAUCUUUCAGUUCCGUACUGGGUUUAUUGCCCCUUCUUCUCAAGUCUUCGGAAGGGGUGAGAGGGUUACAGAUCCAAUGGCUUUGGCAAAAAGAUACUUAUCCACAUACUUCCUCGUUGACAUUCUGUCAAUUCUUCCAUUGCCACAGGUCGUAGUUUUUGUUAUCAUUCCCUCAAUCAAAACUCAAGCCCUAUUAUUCAUGAAGCUCGUAAUCUUCUCCCAGUAUGUGCCUAGAAUUAUUCGGAUCUGUAUACUAUACAGGGAAGAAACAAGAAACUCCGGCGUAUUAAUUCAGACACCAUGGACUGGAGCUGCUUAUAAUCUUUUUCUUUAUAUGCUAGCCAGUCACGUAGUUGGAGCUUUUUGGUACUUUUAUGCCAUUGAACGAGAGGGAACAUGCUGGCAAAAGCACUGUAAAAACUCCACUGGUUGUGAAGAUAAAGAUUUUUACUGUGGAGAUCACCGUAAUGAAAGCUUUGCACAUCUAUAUUAUGAGUGCCCUUUUAUCAAACCUGAUGAUAUUGAAAAUACAACGGUCUUCAACUUUGGAAUGUUUACUGAUGUUCUGAAGUCUGGUAUGGUGGAAACAAAAGAUUUUCAAGUGAAAUUGUUUUACUGCUUUUGGUGGGGUUUUCGUAGUCUUGGCUCUCUUGGCCAAAACCUUCAAACAAGCACCGGUAUUGGGGAAAUAAUAUUUGCGGUCUUCAUAUCUACCUUUGGGUUGGUUUUAUUCUCAUUCCUUAUUGGCAAUAUGCAGAAAUAUCUGCAAUCCACAUCAAUGAGAAUAGAAGAAAUGACUCAAAUGAGAGUGGAAAGGACUGGUGCAGAACGGUGGAUGUCCCACCAUAAAUUCCCUGAUUCUUUGAGGGCACGAGUUAGAAAAUACCAACAGUACAAAUGGAAAUUAACUAGAGGUGUUGAGGAAGAGAAUCUACUUCAUAGCCUUCCUAAAGACCUAAGGAGGGACAUAAAGCGACAUCGUUGCUUAAAUCUUCUCAAGAGGGUGCCAAUGUUUGAAAAAAUGGAUGAACAACUAUUCGAUGUGCUUUGUGAUCAUCUCAAGCCAGUACUAUACACAGCAAAGAGCUGCAUUGUCCGUGAGGGGGAUCCAGUGGAUGAGAUGCUUUUUAUCAUGAGAGGAACCCUAGCCACUAUGACUACCAAUGGUGGAAGGACUGGUUUAUUUAACUCUUAUGAACUCAAAGCUGGUGACUUCUGUGGAGAAGAGCUUCUUACUUGGGCAUUGGAUCCUCACCCCUCUACAAAUCUCCCCAUCUCAACUAGAACAGUGGUAGCUAUAAUAGAGGUUGAAGCCUUUGCUUUAAUGACCUAUGACUUGAAGCUUGUGGCAUCUCAGUUUCGGCGUCUUCAUAGCAAGCAGCUCCAGCACACUUUCAGGUUCUACUCCCUACAAUGGAGGACGUGGGGAGCCUGUUUUAUCCAAGUAGCUUGGCGCUGGUAUUGUAAGAGAAAGCUUGAUAAGUCUUUGCAUGAAGCAGAAAACAGACUGCAAGAUGCUUUGGCAAAUGAAGCUGUGACCUUGCCACAGAAGCCUGCUGAACCCAAUUUUGAUGCUGAAAAUCGUUAG